AUGAAAGAAUUAGAGGUUUUGAGAAACUCACAACUGACAAAAAUUUAUACUAGUGGUCAAAUUAAAGAAACAACUUUUGAAAAUUUAAAAUCGACAGCUUCAGCUAUAGGUUCUGGAUUUAAUUUAAGACAUGAAGGUAAUUCCAUUGAAUUAGAAAAUUAUAGAAAUAAUGGUGAUAGUACUCAAGAAGUUUCAAAUUCAGAUAUUAGUAUUGUUCAUGAAGAUUUAGAAUUUCCUGAAGGUGGAUUAAAAGCAUAUCUUGUUGUAUUUGGUUCAUUUAUGGGAUUGGUCCCGGUGUUUGGUCUUGUUAAUUCUAUUGGUGCUAUUCAAGCUUAUGUUGGUACUCAUCAAUUAGCUAAUGUUUCUACUUCUUCUUUAUCCUGGAUUUUUUCAAUUAAUAUAUUUAUUGCAUAUUUCUUUGGUAUUUUUGCUGGUGUGUUCUUUGAUAGAAAUGGUACAAGAACUUUAUUAAUCUUGGGUUCUUUAUUAUUCACUGGUGGAUUAAUGGCAACAGGGAAUUGUCAAACUGUUUAUCAAUUCGUUUUAGCUUUAGGUGUUGUUGUUGGAUUAGGCUUGGGGAUGUUGAUUUCUCCAUUAGUUGGUGUUGUAUCUCAUUAUUUUAAGAAAAAAAGAGCUACUGCUGUUAGUAUUGCUACAAUUGGUGGUUCUGUUGGUGGGAUAGUUAUGCCUUUGAUGCUUAGAUCUUUAUAUUCAAAAGUUGGGUUUGCAUGGGCUAUGAGAAUUUUAGCUUUUAUGUGUAUGGGAUGUUUCUUAUGUUCAAUAUUAUUUGCAAAAGAAAGAAUUUCUGCAAAAAAGGAAUUAGAAAAUGAUCAAACUUUAAAUGAAGACGUACGUCUUUCAGAAGAUAAUAAUUCUUCUCUUAAAGAUUUAUUCAAAAUUUAUAUAUCUGAUGUCUUGGAUUAUAAAUCAUUAUUUGAAAUUAAAUUUUUAUUUUGUGCAUUAGCAAUUGCACUUGUUGAAUCUUCUUUAGUUGUAUGUUCAGUUUAUUUCCCCUCGUAUGCAAUCAAAAGAGGUUUUAAAGAAGAAACUUCAUAUUUAUUAGUCACUAUUGUCAAUACAACAGGAAUUUUAGGUCGUUAUAUUCCAGGUUAUAUAGCAGAUAAAUUCUUGGGAAGUUUUAAUGUUGUUAUAUUAACAAUUAUCGGUACUGUCCUUGUUAGUUUUACAAUGUGGUUACCAUUUGGUCAUAGUUUAAAAGUUCUUUAUGCAUAUUCUGCAUUGUAUGGAUUUUGUUCAGGUUCUGUAUUAUCAUUAUCACCAGUUUGUUGUGGACAAAUUUCAAGAACUGAUCAAUUUGGGAAAAGAUAUAGUACAAUGUAUUUGAUUGUUUCAUUUACAAUGCUUGCGGCUAUUCCAAUUGGUGGGGCAAUCAUUGGUAAAGGUUCUAUUGUCAAUUAUAAUAAUUAA